UGCCAAUGGAGGGAAACAUGAAACACUAGCAGGUAGGAGACCCUUCUUCUAUUUCUUGAAUAGGAAUCGAACACUGCCUUCAAAAUUAUAAAAGCCCCCUCUGAGCAGUCCCAGGAGCUCAAAUUAAAAAACCCAUCUCUCAGAAUUCCAAAACCCAUCUCUCAGAAUUCAUAAAAUCUCUCUCAGAAUUCAAAAACCCAAAACUCUGUUUUUGUUUGAUACCCAUUUGUGUACCAUGGUCCUGAUUUCUGGUCUGCCUGACGAUAUAGCCUAUGACUGUCUAAUUCGUAUCCAAUAUGAUCAGUUCCCAGCUAUGGCAUCGGUUUGCAAGGGUUGGAAGGCUGAGGUUGAGCUGCCGGAGUUUCAUCGGCUUAGGAAGGCUGGUGGCCAUAGCCAAAAACUCAUGGUGAUGGUUCAAUCACAUGUUGUCUCAAAUCAUGGUGUUGGUGUCUUCAAGUGCCCGGAUAGCCCGGUUUACCGGCUCACUCUUUGUGAACCGGAUUUGGGUAAUUGGUCCGAGUUGCCGCCGCUUGCCGGUUUUGCUACUGGACUACCCAUGUUUUGCCAACUCGCAGCGGUCGGGUCGGAUUUGGUGGUGAUCGGCGGUUGGGAUCCCAUGACAUGGACCAUCUCGAAUUCCGUGUUUGUCUACAACUUUGUGUCUGCCACGUGGAGGCGUGGGGUUGAUAUGCCAGGUGGUGCUCGAAUUUUCUUUGGAUGCUCCUCGGAUUCUGAUCGGAUGGUGUUCGUUGCCGGUGGACAUGAUGAUGAGAAGAAUGCGUUGAGAUCGGCAAUAGCAUACGACGUGGCGAAAGAUGAGUGGAUUUCAUUGCCGGACAUGGCAAGAGAACGCGACGAAUGUAAGGCAAUUUUCCAGCAUGGCAAGCUCCAUGUCAUCGGUGGCUAUUGUACCGAAAAGCAAGGCCGUUUCGAAAGAAGCACCGAAACAUUCAAUAUCUCCACGUGGCAGUGGGACCAAGUACAAGACGACUUCUUGCUAGUUGCCACGUGUCCAAGGACGUGCGUGGAUGGUGACGACGAGACAAUGUACAUGUGUCGUGGCGGUGACGUGGUGAAACAUAGACGCGGAACAUGGAAAUUCGUGGCGAAGCUGCCAGCUCAGGUGCGUAAUCCGGCUUGCGUGACAGCGUGGCAGGGCAAAGUAUUAGUGAUUGGAUGUGCAGGGUUUGGGGAGCCCCACAUGGCUUACAUGCUACAUUUGGACAAUUACACAUGGACAAAACUAGAGACCCCUCACAAGUACUCUGGUCAUGUUCAAUCAAGUUGUCAUUUGGAGAUUUGAGUCUUAGCAUCCAACUAUCAUUACUUGUAGAUUAAGCUGAAAACAUGUUUAUUUUGGGUCAUGUUUUUGUGUUAAUACUAUAAAUA